AAAAUAUCUAAUCCUCGCUUCUUUCUCAAUAUCAAUAUGCCACUCUACCGCCCAUUGCUAUGAGUUUCGUCUCUUUUUACAAAUUUGCCGAUAACACUCUCGGCCCUAACACUUUUUUCCCGAGAUCUAAACACAUUCGAAAUGCUCAAGCUAAAUGAGAAACCCCAAGGAAUCCCAUCAACUCACCCAGUUCUUAAUUACUCCACGGACUUUUCUCCACACAUUUAGCGACCUUAUCAUCAAAAUACUGUCCGAUUGGCGGAGAUAAUCACUCAAUGAGUAGAUCCUACCGCAAAAUCCGCGGUCUAUUUAUAUCAAAUCCGCGCCCUAUAGAUUGUGAUUUAGCUGCAGGUUAUAUUGAUUUGAAAACUUCUUAGCGCGAAGGAUUGGUUAUAAGAGAGAAGGAUGUACUUGUUCGAUACAUACGGGAUAGUACUCAACAAAUGAAAUAAAUUCUGAAGGCAAAGGGACGUCCAUAUUGAUCUACCUAGCCAUGCACAAUCAUUCACAAGAAAAUUCGGAAACGGGUCCACUCGAUUUCCCGUCUGACCAAAUAUCAACCGACUUAGAUCAAAAUACUUCAGCUAGGGGAUCUGUCAGAUCAAAAGAUCAAAAGUCGCCCGAUUUAUCGGGUAAUGAUUCUGAAUUUAUUGCCGAAGAACUUCCUCAAGUAGCUCCAAAUCCACAUGCUGAUAUUCCAAAUGGAGGAGUUUUUGCGUGGCUUCAAGUCGUUGGGAGUUUUUUUCUAUUUUUCAAUUCAUGGUAUUUCUAGACUUCAAAGUUCCACUGAUGGAAAUGGCUGAAUGGCUGACAGUGAGACGACAGGGGCAUAGUAAAUAUGUUUGGUGCAUUCCAAACUUUUUAUGAAAGUGAUUUACUAUCUCAUGAGUCGCCAUCUAAUGUUUCAUGGAUUGGCUCUAUUCAAGCAUUUUUGCUUUUACUUGUGGGAGUUAUUACUGGUCCUCUCUUCGGUAGGUGCCUUUUCCCUUCCUAACCUCUCCUUUUAUCAUUAUCAAAAACCAACCUCUAUCUAGAUGCUGGACUUUUUCGCCCACUUCUAUCUACUGGUACAUUUCUAGUCGUCUUCGGUAUGAUGAUGACAUCUAUCUCCAAAACCUAUUGGGAAAUCAUACUUGCCCAAGCAGUCUGCAUGGGAAUUGGACUGGGAUGUCUUUUCGUUCCCAGCGUCGCAAUUGUUUCUACUUAUUUUUCGACACGGAAAGCUUUUGCGACUGGAAUUGCUGCUAGUGGAAGCUCCCUUGGUAUGUAUUAAUUUCAAAGCUCGCCUCUAUAAAAUGAAACUUGAGGUAUCAAAAUCAGUGGCUAACCUCUUCAGGUGGUGUAAUUUACCCAAUUAUUUUCCAUAACCUUGAACCUAAGAUAGGCUUUGGCUGGACGACAAGAGCCCUUGGAUUCAUUUUUCUCGCCACCCUUACAAUAUCCAUGAGUAUAAUGAAGAUGCGUAUUAAGCCUUCGCAAAAACGAAAGCUAAUCGACCUGGCCGCAUUCAAAGAACCACCAUACAUCCUUUUUACCAUGGGGCUGUUUUUCGGAUUCAUGGGUCUCAAUAUCCCCUUCUACUAUAUUUCGUCAUACGCCAUAGAUGAAAAUAUCAUGUCCUCCAACUCGGCAUUUUAUAUGUUGAGUACCAUCAAUGCGGCAUCUAUCUUCGGUCGCAUUAUUCCCAACUACUUCGCAGACAAGUUUGGACCCUUAAAUAUCAUCAUACCAGGAACACUGAUCGCCAGCGUCGCAGCUUUUAGUUGGAUCGGUAUCCACUCUGUUGGCGGUCUCGUUGUAUUUGCUAUCCUUUACGGAUUCUCAACAGGAUGUUUUGUGUCAAUUCCACCUACCGUUAUCGUGUCGUUGAGUCCACAUUUAGGGGUAGUAGGCACGAGAAUGGGCAUGACGUUUGCGAUUGGUGGAUUAGGACUUUUGAUCGGGACACCAGUUGCUGGACAGAUACUUUCCAAUUCAGGAUAUGUUCCUACUAUUGCAUUUUGCGGAGCCUUGCUUCUCGCUACUGUUGCUUGUUUCAUUGCAGCUAGACUGUGCAAAACUGGAAUGCAUGUUAAGAAGUUUGCAUGAUUUUGUGGGAAAAUUGUUUUGGAAUGAGCAUUUCGGCUGCCGGAUACCACGAUGAUAUGAGAACAUGGUAUGGACAUGAGCAUUUUAGACGGGCGAAUACCACGAUAGAUUAAUGAUUGAUCAUAUGCACAUAUAUAUCUGAGGCAGGAAUAAGAUGUACUUAAGCAAAGUAUACACUUAGCUAUUGAUAGCGACAAUAUUUGUUUU